AUGAGGUCCCUCUACUUCCUCACGCUUACGCUCACGGCCGUGGCCGCCCGCCCCUCCCUCGCUCCCAGGCAGGGCGGGUAUGGCGAUUGCUCGACCUGUGGCGCGGCUGUCGAGCAGCUCCUCUCGAACUGCGGCGGCGCCGCGGACCAGCUCUGCCUCUUCGGCUGCGAUGCGCUGGGCCCGCUGCAGGAAUGCACCGCCUGCCUGCAAAGCGACAGCACGGCGUCGCCGCAAACAGCGGAAGAGGUCGCGGGGCUCACGGACCGCCUCGACACGUUCUGCCGCGACGCCAACGCCGCGCUCUGCACGGACGAGUGCACCGGCGUCUCGCUCGACUUCACGGACGCAUGCGGCACCAGCGGCAACGUGCUGGCCUGCCUCGCGCAGUGCCCGAGCUACGGCGCGCUCGCGCCAUGCGUCGCGUGCCUCCAAGCGCGGCCCGAGGGCUUCGGCUACGCCGAGAGCUGGGCCACCCUCGAAUGGUAUUGCGGCGGCGACGCGUGCGCCGGGUCCUGCACGUCGUGGAUCGCGCCGUUCGGCCAGUUCUGCAAUGCCGAGGACACGUGCCGCGCCAACAUGUGCGAGGGGGGCAACAGGGACGAAAUCGACAGCUGCAACGCAUGCAUCGACGGCGCACCCGUCCUCCAGAGGUACAUCGGGGAGACGCAGAGUGCCAUCGACUAUGUUCUCGGCUUGUGCGGCGAUGACGGCGAUGACGGCGAUGACGGCGAUGACGGCGGUGAUGAGCCGACGUGCGACGAAGAGUGCUCGGGCAUCAUCGAGGAGGCUGCCGGCCUCUGCACUGCCGAGGCCCCAGAGGACUGCAGGCAGAUGUGCGAGGGCGAUAGGCUGAGCCGCUUUGAGGCGUGCUCCGUGUGCGCCAACUCGGCCGAUACCUUCUGGGAUGGCCCGGGAAUCCAGACAUCCCUCGACCAGCUACGGGCCCUCUGCGAAGAGGAAGACUCCACUGUAACCCCCGGACCUAUUGUCAUUCCGCCGUCAGGUGGCGGCGGCGGCGGCGGCGGCGGCGGUGGUGGUGGUAGCGGUGGCGGCGGUAGCGGUGGCGGCGGUAGCGGUGGCGGCAGUAGCGGUGGCGGCGGUAGCGGUGGCGGCAGUAGCGGUGGCGGCGGUAGCGGUGGCGGCGGUGGGGGCAGUGGCAGUGGUGGAUCCCGGACAACGUCUAGCGUCUCGAGGAGCAGCUCCGCCCGUCCUUCAGCGACCAGCGCGCGCAGCUCGGCGCACAAGCGACUUGUCGACGGCUCGAGCCUCGCCGCCGCUAUUGCCAUAGCGAUGGGAGCUGCAGUGGUCGCUUGA